CACAAGCGUCUGAAGGACCACAUCGCCGAGAGUCCUAUCUUGGAGAUACCCGAGGAACUGGAUAUUAUCCCCGGAAUCGGACUGUGGCACGUGCAUGGCCAUCAAGACAGUUGCUAUGUAAGAUAUGCAUCAAAUUUUAUCGAGGGCGCCGCUCGGAUUGAUAGCACAAUCAUGGAAACACUAUGGGCGCCAUUAAAUAUUAUCUCGCCGGCGGCCCGUGGAAUGGGAACUCUGCACCGAAAGGAUGCUUGGACUAUCAAAUGA